GUCGUUGUCCCCAGCUGCGCCCGGGAGCCAUCCCUCCCGCGGACAGCUUGUGGCGGGCGACACCUGUGACCGCCCCUGGGAGGAGAGUGGAGUGGCAGCGUGGCCUGCAGGGCGCCAGGAACCCAGGUGGAAGAAACUGAGGAGCCAGUUGAGCAUUCAAAUAAGAAGGAAAACAUCUGUUGGCAUGGAAAAGUGAUUAUUUCCCAAGCUACCAAGUACGGCACAUCUGGUCUGGCUCUUUCGACUCUGUCUGCUUGUCAAAUUUUGUUCUUUCAGGAAACCUUACAGAAACGAACCUCAACCAUCUGGAACUCAGAAACUCAUGUGGGGCUUACUGUGGCUUCGAGAACAUCCAGGUGUUCUGCAGAUGUGAGCUGACCCUGCAAUCACCAGAUGGAGUCCUGAGCAGAUGCAAGGCUUGGGCUGUGGCCCUAGCCUCCCUGAGUUCAGAGGGUCACUUACUUGCUAAGUGGCCAAAGAAUGGUUAUUGACAACCAUAUGUGAAUGCUGCUCUUAACCAGUCAUUUUAUUAACCUGUGAUGAGAAGACAUCUCCAGGGGGUCAAUCCGAUUUAGGGUGACACAUUUCCUGACUCUUGGAUUAGGAUUCCAGAUGGGGCCUUUCUUUCUGUAGCUCCUACCAUUCCUGUAGCCAUUUCUAACUCCAGUGUGUUUUUUCCAACUGGACCCAUGUUCCUUGGUGGCUUCCUGCACUCAAGGUGAACAAAGAGAAAACUCUUCGAGGAAUCUGUGGUGGUGGCCCUUUGUCACUCGAUCGAGACAACAGGAGUCUGUGUGUGCCACCAUGGGCUGGCUUUUUCUAAAGGUUUUGUUGGUUGGCAUGACUUUCUCUGGAUUGCUCUACCCUCUUGUGGAUUUCUCUAUCAGUGGGAAAACAAGAGCCCCCAAACCAAACAUUGUGAUCAUUUUGGCUGACGAUAUGGGAUGGGGUGACCUGGGAGCGAACUGGGCAGAAGCAAAGGGCACUACUAAUCUUGACAAGAUGGCUUCUGAAGGAAUGAGGUUUGUGGACUUCCACGCAGCUGCCUCCACCUGCUCGCCUUCGCGAGCCUCUCUGCUUACCGGCCGACUGGGUCUACGCAACGGAGUCACGCACAACUUUGCCGUCACCUCUGUCGGGGGGCUUCCACUCAACGAGACCACCUUGGCCGAGGUGCUGCAGCGGGCUGGCUAUGUCACUGCCAUGAUAGGCAAAUGGCAUCUUGGGCACCAUGGUUCUUAUCACCCCAAUUUCCGCGGUUUUGAUUAUUACUUUGGAAUCCCAUACAGCCAUGACAUGGGCUGCACCGACACCCCCGGCUACAACUACCCUCCUUGUCCAGCAUGUCCCCAGAGCGAUGGCCUGCGGAGGAGCCCCGAGAGGGACUGUUACACAGAUGUGGCCCUUCCUCUCUAUGAAAACCUCAACAUUGUGGAGCAGCCUGUGAACCUGAGUGGCCUUGCACGCAAGUAUGCGGAAAAGGCAGUGGAGUUCAUUGAGCAGGCAAGCACCCAUGGAAGACCCUUCCUGCUGUAUGUGGGCCUGGCCCACAUGCAUGUGCCUUUGUCUGUGACUCUGCUGUCGGAAAACCCAUGGAACCGAAGGGCGUACCAUGCAGGUCUCCGGGAGAUGGACAGUCUGGUAGGGCAGAUCAAGGACAAAGUUGACCAUGUGGCAAAAGAAAACACGCUCCUCUGGUUUACAGGAGACAAUGGCCCAUGGGCUCAGAAGUGUGAGCUGGCAGGCAGCAUGGGUCCCUUCUUCGGACUGUGGCAAACCCAUCAAGGCGGAAGUUCAGCCAAGCAGACCACCUGGGAAGGUGGGCAUCGUGUUCCAGCACUGGCUUACUGGCCUGGCAGAAUUCCAGCCAAUGUCACGAGCACUGCCUUGUUAAGCAUACUAGACAUCUUCCCCACGGCGAUAGCCCUGGCAGGAGCCAGCUUGCCUCCCAACCGGAACUUCGACGGGCUUGAUGCCUCCGAGGUGCUCUUUGGCAGGUCUCAGGUGGGGCACAGGGUGCUGUUCCACCCCAACAGUGGGGCGGCUGGGGAGUACGGCGCCCUGCAGACCGUUCGCCUGGACCAUCACAAAGCCUUCUUCAUUACCGGUGGAGCCAAAGCUUGCGACGGGAGCAGGGGUCCUGAGCAGCGCCACGCUUCCCCUCUCAUUUUCAACCUAGAAGAUGAUGCUGCAGAAGCCGUGCCCCUACAGAGAGGAAGCCCCGAGUACCAGGCUGUGCUGCCGAAGGUCACCAGUGUUCUCGCCGACGUCCUUCGAGACAUUGCUGAUGACAACAUCUCCCAAGCAGACUACUCUCAGGAUCCUUCAGCGAUUCCUUGCUGUAACCCCUACCAAAUUGCCUGCCGUUGCCAAACAGUGUGAUGGGUGUUUUCUUCCCCCGUGAGAAAGACUAUCUGGAAAUCGUAGACAGGUUAGGUUCACUUCCAAACUUCAUUUUGAACGUAGAUGUCUACUUUAGGAAGGAGGUUGCGCAUCCGGUUUGGAAGCCAUGGCUUUCCCUCUCCCGGUGUAGACUGCCCCCUCCGUGUACAAGUUUGAGACGCGUCAAGUGGGCACAGUGGGCAAGGCAGGAUUAAGCACCAGUGGGCACAUGGAGUUGCGGCACAGGUCUAAGCCCUAGGUUUUAAGCUUGGGCAAUGACUUAAAUCUCGAUUGCAAAUUGGUUUUGAAAGUUAACAUAGCACAUGAAGUUGCCUGUGCAUGUCCCCAGCACCAAGCAGGCCCUUAAUGUUUUAGUCUCCAUCUUGUGUCCCCAGUUCCCCUGGUCACUGGAGCACAAACAUUCUGGCUGGUAUGUAUUGCUCGGCCAUCUCCAGUACACUCACAGAUCACCAGGAUCUUGAAAAUGCAGAAUCUGGCUCAGGGGAUCUGGAGGAAGGUCUGGGAGACGUCAGUGUUGCUGGAUUCCUUUGAGAUGCCUUGAGCCGCACAGAGCUAAACCGAAGCUAGGUCUUCCCGGGCCUCGGAGCAGAAGAACUCACGGGCCUUCUCUCUUGUAAAUGCCAAAUGGGAAGGCUAUAAAGAUUUAGGAGUUUGGGGCUGGAGAGCUGGCCCAUCAGCUAAGAUCACUGGUCCUGGGUUCUGUUCCCAACACCGACAUGGUGGCUUAAACUGUCUGCAACUGCAGUUCCAGGGGACUCACUACUCUCCUCUGGUCUCUGAGAAUGUCAGGCAUGCAUUUGGUGCACAUACAUACAUAC